GGUAACCCCAUCGAUGGAGGACAACCCAUACUUAUUAUGCGAUUAUGAAGAAACACAUAUAAAAGAGAAAAUAAUUGCAAGCUUACGAUGUUAUCAGAUAGCUCAUAUACCUGAAGAAUUACGAACGCAGAUCAAACUUUUCAUGAAACAAGUAUCAAGUUAUGAAACGUACGAGAUGUCGGCGUGUGGUAUUUUCAAUUAUAAAUUGCAUUUCGUUAUAUCAAUCUCAGUAGUAAUUAUGAAGUCUGUGGCGACAAUGAUCCAAAUGGGCCAACAUCCUUACAUGCGAUUUCUCGCUGACACUACAGUUGACACUGGACCAUGGAAUGACACAAAAUCAAAAAAUUAAAAUUCAUUUAGUUGAUAAAAAAAUAUUUUUUAUUCUUUUAAGUUAACUACUUAUUUAUUAAAGACAGGUAAGCACAUACUGAUGAUCAAUUUUAGAGAAUAGAA